UUCUCCGUCGCGUUGCUCCCCGGCCGGGUCUCCCUGCCUGCCAAACGCCAUGAAGCCCCGCUCGCCGCGCGGCCACGGCGCCACCGCCGCCGCCGCGCUCCUCCUCGCGGCGCUGGUCCUCUCCGGCGACGUCCUGCCAGCGGUGGGGGCCGGAGGCCCAUCGUUCAACUACAAGGACGCGCUCACCAAGUCCAUCAUGUUCCUCGAGGCGCAGCGCUCCGGCAAGCUGCCGCCCAACAACCGCAUCAAGUGGCGCGGCGACUCCGGCAUGGAAGACGGCAAGCUCGCCCACGUGGAUUUGACCGGCGGGUACUACGACGCCGGCGACAACGUCAAGUACGGGCUUCCGCUGGCGUUCACGGUGACGACCCUCGCGUGGACGGCGAUGGCGUUCGAGCACGAGCUGAAGGCGGCGGGUGAGCUUGACAACGUGCACGCCGCCAUCCGGUGGGGCACCGACUUCUUCCUCAAGGCCUCCGCGAAGAAGAACCACCUCUGGGUCCAGGUCGGCGAUCCCAACGCCGACCACCAGUGCUGGGUCCGCCCGGAGAACAUGCCCACGCCGCGCACGCUCUACGAGAUCAACGAGAAGACCCCCGGCUCCGAGAUCGCCGCCGAGACCGCCGCCGCCAUGGCCGCCUCCUCCAUCGUCUUCCGCAAGGACAAGUCCUACUCCCGCCGCCUCCUCAACAAGGCCAAGCUGCUGUUCCAGUUCGCCAAGACGCACCAGGGAACGUACGACGGCGAGUGCCCGUUCUACUGCUCCUACUCCGGCUACAACGAUGAGUUGCUGUGGGCGGCGACGUGGCUGUACCUGGCGACGAAGAGGCAGGUGUACGCGGACUUCAUCGGGCACGAGGCGAUCUCGUCGAGCGUGGCGGAGUUCAGCUGGGAUCUCAAGUUCCCGGGGGCGCAGGUGCUGCUCGCCGAGCUCAACAUGACGUCCAAUGGCGGGCUCCAGAGCUUCAAGGCGCAGGCCGACAACUUCGUGUGCGCCGUGCUGCCGGACACGCCGUUCCACCAGGUGUUCAUCACACCGGGCGGGAUGAUCCACCUCCGCGACGGCGCCAACUCCCAGUACGUGACCAGCACCGCCUUCCUGUUCGUCGUCUACAGCGACGUGCUGAGGCGGAUCAACCAGCCGGUGAUGUGCGGCGCGCAGGCCGUGCCGCCGGCGCGCCUCCUCGAGUUCGCCAAGCAGCAGAUGGACUACCUCCUCGGCGCCAACCCGCGCGGCCGAUCCUACGUCGUCGGCUUCGGCGCCAACCCGCCGACGCAGCCGCACCACCGCGGGGCCUCCACCCCGGUUCUCCCGCCGGGGUACCAGGUGAACUGCGGCAUGAGCUUCAGCGAGUGGUUCACACCCGACCGGCCCAACCCCAACGAGCUCACCGGCGCCAUCAUGGGCGGCCCCGACGGCGGCGACAACUUCUCCGACAAGCGCGGCAACUCCUCCUGCACCGAGCCCUGCACCUACAUCAACUCCCUCUCCAUCGGCCCCCUCGCCGCCCUCGCCAUCCGCGGCGCCAACCUUCUCGCCACCCACUAAUUAAUCACUAUUAAUUACUAAUCACUCAAUUACUGUAAUUAAUUACUCUUCUGCAUCAAUACGGACGAUAAAAUAUGGAUCCAUUUCAA